AAACGCGAGCCGUACGUCCAGCAUCAAACGUCUCACAAGCGGUGCCUUGACGCUCCAUUCCGUCGUCUUCUGCCACGGGUGUUGGCGUCGACGACAUAGGAUCGUGCACAUGUGACUCGUUCCUCCGACUUCGAUCACCUGUCACGACUUGCCACCCCUGCGCGCACAUCAAUCAAUCAUACAUGCCUCCUUGACUCGCGGACAGCCAGCAGUGCGACGCAGAGCCAAAAGGCGUCGAGUCCCGUGCCAUCGGAGAAUUUGGCAUACCACGAACAAUUACUCGCGCCUCCCGGAACCUCUCGCGGACACAACCUUAUCGACGCCGACGCAGGGUCUGACUACUGCAUGGGCCUGCUCAGCUACACUUUGCGUCACGAUUCAUACGCUGCGCAUCGACCGCUCGCACGCCUCGUAACCUGUUCUUCUUUCCUUUGCUUUUCGCCACUGCCAACGGAACAACACAAGACGAACGGUCAGUGCCAGAUGCCGAGUAACAGUUCUCUGUUCGUCCCCCCUCCACCCCCCUUCCUCCUCCUGAAGGGGGAGGUCGUGUUUGAGGGAGCCACAACAGUGGUUGGGGCCCUUCUCCUGAGAAGAGAGUCGUGUGCAAGACAGGACGUUCGCCUCUGCUCUCGCGCACAAACCCACACACGACGUCAUGGUGCUUGUGCGCCAUCGUUCGCGUGCAUGAGUCGCUGCCAUUCCUUAACUACAUGUACUACCCACCACCAGAACGACUACUACUGUCACUACGAGGACGACCACUACUGAGUCUACCCGCAACUUUGUAGCCUGCUGAUCCGAUAUAAGACAGCUGUGGACCGGGCAAAUCGGCCACCUCGUGCACGGGCUCGCUUGGCGCAGUUCUUGAUAUCGAGAUCCGGAAACCAUCGUUCUUCUUCGUCUUCUUCUUGGCCCACCGACAGGCACAGAGGACCGGGAAAUGGCCUUGGGGAAUAGGCAGACGGAGUGCUCGAGGAGAAAUGACCCACCUUGCUAUUCUUUUUGUCCCUCCUCCUCUUCACCGUCCUCCCCUCGUAGUUCUAGCCUCGGAGCCGGGCAUAUCAGCCAAUGCGGCCGGCAGUGACGAAAUCUUG